AUGACUUCCCACCCGGAAUUCAACGAGCGGACAACAGGCACCGAGGUCGCCAGCGCGUUUGCCGACCAAAUUCGCGGAAAAACAAUCCUCAUCACAGGCGUCAGUCCCAAAGGAAUCGGGGCAGCCACCGCCCUUGCCUUUGCCUCGCAAGCGCCCGAGCUGCUAAUCCUCGCCUCACGCACCAAAUCCAAACUCGAAGCAGUCGCAGACCAAAUCCGCACCACCAAGUUUCCCCAUCAUACUACCAACCCGAAAAUAGAGCUAGUUUCCCUCGACCUCAGCUCCCAGCAAUCCAUCCGUCAAGCAGUCACAGAAAUCACCAGCCUUGUAACCAACAACAACAACAACAACAACAACAACAACAACAACAACAACAGGAAACUCGACAUACUAAUCAACAACGCCGCCAUCAACACCACCACCCGGCAGACCACACCCGACGGCCUCGAGUUGACAUUCGGCACCAACCACAUUGGCACUUUUUUGUUUACGAACUUGCUCCUACGCAACAACUUACUAUCACCACCACCGGCACGCAUCAUCACCGUCUCCAGCGCCGGCCAUCGUCUCUCCCCUAUGCGCUUCAGCGACUACAACUUUUCUGACCCUAAUAGAGAAGUCCCAGCGGGGGAAGAUCACAUGCACCCCCUACCUGGUGCCUUUGCAAAGUGUACGGCGGAUGGAUAUAACGGGAUGGUGACGUAUGGACAAUCCAAGACGGCGAAUAUUCUGUUUACGUUGUAUUUGCAGAGACGUUUGAAGGGGAAGGGAAUUGGGGCUUUUACAUUGCAUCCUGGGACUAUCGAGACGGAACUGGGAAGGGAUCAGGACCCCGAAGUCAAGGAAGAGUUUCACAAGUUGGAGAUGUAUUGGAAGUCGCAGGAUGAGGGGUGUGCGACGACGAUGGUUGCGGCGUUGGAUCCGGCUUUGGAUGAAACCAAAGGAUUAUAUCUGGUGGACUGUCAGAUCUCGGAUCCACACCCGCAUGCCAAAGAUGUAGUGGCCGCGGAAAGACUUUGGAAGCUUAGUGAGGAUAUUGUUGGGGAGAAGUUUACUUUGGAAGAUUAG